UUCAAACAUAAAAAAAUAAAUUGAUCUAGAGACAGUGCCAUGGCCACACGUUCGUUAUAAAAUAGGAUGUGAGGAAGAGUUAAGCUGCAUCAACAUAGAGUGAUGAAUAUUCAUUGUCAUCAUUUUGGAAUUAUGGCUAUAUCAUCAUCAUCAUCAUCAUUGGUAACCAAUAAUAAUAGCAGCUUGUUCUCAGUCUCAGCAAGGCCACAGAUUUUGGUUACUUCUUCUCUUCCUUUCAUGUCCACAACUUCCAUCCAUUUCCAUUAUUCACCUCAUAAUAAGCUUCACCUCCGGCAGCGGUUUAAUUCUGUUACAAAAUCAUGCGAUGUUCGCGUGACAACAUUAGCCAUAUCAACCGGUGUGCAACAAGUUCUUCCACCACCCCUUACUUCCACUUCACCUCCACCUUCCUUAUUUGAUGGAACUACCAGGUUGUAUAUCUCCUACAAAUGCCCCUAUGCCCAGCGUGUAUGGAUUACCCGUAACACUAAGGGAUUGCAGGACAAGAUACAGUUGGUUCCCAUUGAUCUACAAGACAGACCUUCUUGGUACAAGGACAAAGUCCACCCAACCAACAAGGUUCCAUCUCUUGAACACAAUAAUGAAGUUAGAGGAGAGAGUCUGGAUCUGAUUAAAUAUAUUGACACUCAUUUUGAAGGACCCUCCCUUUACCCUAGUGGUCAUGAUGACAAGGAGUUUGCUGAAGAGUUGCUAUCUUACACAGAUACAUUUUACAAGACAGUUGUUUCUUAUUUUAAAGGAGAUGUAACUGAGGCUGGCACUGCAUUUGAUUACCUUGAGACUGUUCUCUCCAAAUAUGAUCACGGACCUUUCUUCCUUGGCCAAUUCAGUCUGGUGGAUAUAGCAUAUGCUCCUUUCAUGGAAAGAUUUCAACCGUUUUUAAUGGAUGUGAAAAAUUAUGACAUUACAGUGGGCAGGCCUAGACUGACAGCAUGGAUUGAGGGAAUAAACAACAUUGAAGGCUACAAAAUAACACGUUCUGAUCCUAAGGAGUUAGUUGAAAGCUACAAGAAGCGAUUCCUGGCAAAUCCAUGAAUUCAAUGUUCGGUAUCAUAGCAGGAGUCAAGAGUUCCAAAAUGGGUCAGAAAAUCAGAGCCAAAUGCAUUAUAUCCAUCCAGGGACCAGGAAUCAUACGACAAGCACCGAUCGCUAGACAGACUGAUUAUGUCAUCCAGAAAAUGCCACAGAAUGAAUUAAUGAUUAGAUAAUAAUAUGAAGAUGCCCGUGUGACUUGCAUGUUUAUUAUAUUCUGAACCAAAAUUUAUAAUAUGACAUUACUACUGAGGCAGUGGCCAAGUAAACUGUUACGGCAUAUGUAAUAGUAGUAAUUCCAAUUAAUAACUAAAGGUCUGAUUGGAUUCUUUAGUCGAGUUUAA